AUGGCAUCAUCAUCUAAUAUCGAUGAUAUUCAUGCUUGGCGACGUAAACGUCGUUCAAUUGCAUUUCAACGAAAACCAUUAUUACUAAGACGAAUGAGUCAAGCAUGUCGAGAUCGUCUUGUAAGAACGCCAACUGUUAUAGUUAUGGUUGGACUACCUGCUCGAGGAAAGACUUAUAUAUCCAAAAAAUUAGCCAGAUAUCUCCAUUGGAUAGGAAUCAAAACAAAAGUAUUCAAUGUUGGAGAAUAUCGUCGUGACGCUGUUAAAGUGUAUGAAGGAAAAGAUUUCUUUGAUCCAGACAAUGCUGAAGCUGUAGCAGUCCGAAAUAUAUGUGCUCAACAAGCUCUUGAAGAUAUGUGCAGUUUUUUGUCGGACGAAGGUGAAGUAGCCAUAUUUGAUGCUACAAAUACUACAUGUGAACGACGACGUUUAAUCCAUGACUAUUGUACACAAACAUUUUGUUUCCGCGUAUUUUUUGUUGAAUCUAUUUGUGAUAGUCAAGAAAUAAUUGAAGCAAAUAUAAAAGAAGUAAAAUUGAAGAGUCCCGAUUAUAAACAAAUGCCCGCUACCGCUGCUGUUGAUGAUUUUUUAUCAAGAAUAGCCUUAUAUGAAAAAUGUUAUGAACCAAUUGACGAUAAAGUUAAGGAAAAAAAUUAUUCGUUUAUCAAACUAUUUAAUUGUGGUGAAAGAUUUCUCGUCCAUAAAAUUGGCGGUCAUAUUCAAUCGAGAGUGGUUUAUUUUUUAAUGAACAUCCAUGUUUUACCACGAACAAUCUAUAUAACACGACACGGAGAAUCUGAGUUGAAUAUGCAGCAGCGAAUUGGCGGUGAUCCACCGUUAUCCGUUCGUGGCAGAGUGUAUGCUGAUGCACUUGCACAGUAUGUGGCAAAAGGUAAUCAAAACUUUUUAUUCCUGAUCAAAUCAGUUAAUCGCGAUUAUAUUUUAGAAAAUAUUCCGGAUUUAAUUGUGUGGACAAGUCAAAUGCAACGCACAAUACAAACAGCUGCAAAAAUAAAUGCUCCCAAAGAACAAUGGAAAGCAUUAAAUGAAAUUAAUGCGGGUAUUUGUGAAGGAUUAACAUAUCUUGAAAUAGCCGAAAGAUUUCCUGAAGAAUUUGCUUCACGUGAUCAAAGCAAAUAUUUUUAUCGUUAUCCUGGUGGAGAAUCUUAUCAAGAUCUUGUUGCACGAUUAGAACCAGUUAUUAUGGAAUUAGAACGAGCUGAAAAUGUGCUUGUCGUCUGUCACCAAGCAGUUGCUCGUUGUAUACUCGCUUAUUUUCUUGAUAAAAAUGCAGAUGAUUUGCCUUACACAAAAGUUCCUUUACAUACGCUUAUUAAACUCACACCACUUGCUUAUGGUUGUAAAUUAGAAUAUGUCCCGUUACACGUUGACGCUGCCAAUACCCAUCGAGACAAACCACAAAAUUGUCAAUUGAAUCGUACAUUAGAACAUGCUAUCGGUGAGUUUAUGGCAACAGCUGAUGAACAACAUAAUAAUGAAGGAAUACAAAAUGAAGUAUUUUAUUGUGGGACAACGUACUCUCCCGAAAUUAGAAAUGAUAAUCAGCAAUUUUGUGAUUUGCAAGAGCACGAUUCAAAUGAAAAUGCUGUUCUAAGCGAUAUUGACUCAUCGAUAAGAAAUGUACAGUUGUGA